AAACUGCGAGCUUAGCUGACGGUCGACUGGACACUGGCAAGGCAAAAUGAAAUCUAUAACAGGUCAUCCUUUGAUCGUAGUAACUGAAGAAGAUGUGAAGAUAUCGCGGUCAUUGUGCGGAGUUGAAAAACCAGAACGAAUAAAAGAGAGCUUAGAUGCUAUCGAUGAAUGGUGUAAGAAACAAGAUCAUCUUGUCGAAGCUUAUAAGAAUUUAGAUCGUAACAUGCUGGAGAGAUUAUUUUUAUUAGCGCGUGGAUCAGUAGAAGCCACAAAAAUUAGACUCGAUAAGAUACUAACCUCUCGAGGAAUGAUGCCCGAACUUGUGUUAAACAGAACUAUAGAAGAAUUCGACGAACUAUUACAAAGCGUAUCAUAUGCACCAUUAUCAAGAUUAUAUUCAGUUGAUCAGUCUAGGAUUAUGGUGACGCAAUUUUUUCCUGGCAAAUUGGAUAACUUCAAUUUGCUAAGUUACUUACGUUAUUGUUUCAUGAUUGGUGAAUACAGAUUGCAUUACGACUACUGUUUAUCUGAAAGAUACAUAGUGGAUUUGGCCAAUGUCAAUCUGAGCCUUCUAAGUAAAAUUAAUCCUGUAGUUUUAAAGAAAGGUGAAAUACUUUGCAGUGAGGGUCUUGGUACAAAAAUUAAAGGUAUACAUAUCGUAAAUGCUCCACCUUAUGUAGAUAAAUUUCUAUUCAUACUGAAACAAGCGCUGAGGGAAAAAGUAGCUAGCCGGAUCCACGUACACAAUUCAUAUGAAGAUCUAAGAAAACAUUUGCCUAAAGAGAUCCUGCCUAUGGAUUAUGGCGGUGAUGAACAAUAUGUUGCAAAAAUGGCUUCGCAAUGGAGAGAAGAACUCAAAACCAAAGAAGCGAGAAGAAUAAUAACGGAUAUGGAUAAAUUGGUGAGCGACGAAACGAAACGGACCAGUUCUAAGUUCAACGAGGAAUACAUGGGUAUGCCAGGAUCGUUCAGAAAAUUAACAGUGGAUUAAACACAAGAAGCUACAUACAUAUAUCAACCAGUGGGCUUCUGUUCAUCUUGAUAAUACUGUGGGCUUCUAUUUCCAAAACAUUCACAUACCUGUAAAAAUUUCAUUUAGAUAAAAAUGUUGAUAAAAAGUUUAUAAGACUAUUUAAUAUUACAUUGGAAUGUUAUUUUGUUUGUUUUUAUAUUUUUAACAAUUGUAUUCUUGGUUAUAAUCAUACUCCGGGAUCCCGUGACGUAAGUAGGGUUAAUAUUUUCAC